CGCCAAAGAAUGCAAUGACUGUGAUUCCACGAAACUUGAGGGGAAAAAACAAAAGGAAAAGAAAAAUAUCAGGAAAAGAAAAACAUCAGAAAAAGAAAAAAAUAAAUAGGCUAAUGUUUCUGCAAAGACUGCAUUACCUUUCCCUUUCAAAUUUCUCUGUAAUGGAAACGAUACUACAGAUCGGUCACUUGCAGUUCAAACUUUCAAAGUUAUUUCUUAGCCGACCUCGAGUUUUUCCAUAAAGUCUUUUUUUAUUUUCAAAAGAAACAAACGUACUUCCAGGGACGUACUGUCAAGAACAUAUUACGUAUACAUAUAUUAUAUAUAAAAAGAAAACUUUUUGUCCCCCACUUCGAGAACCAUCGUGUCGUUGACGGGAGUCUUACUACCCUCAUUGCGAUAAUAUAUGGAAGGCACACGUAUGUGACUCAUUCCGUAUAUCACCUUCGCUGCUUCAAUCUUGUUCGAUUCGUCUUUCUGUCAUUUCUAUGCUUAUCCGUGUUCGAUUAUAUUACAAAUCGUCAAAUCUUAUAAUUCUAUUGUGUCUAAAACAAGAAAAACAAAUAUACGAUUAUAAAUAAGAAUACCAAAAUAAUUUGCGAAAAUCGUUAAUUUUCUAUUAAAAAAAAAAAAAAAAAAAAAAAAAAAAAAAAAAAAAAAGAAAGAAAAAAAAGAGAAAAAAGAAAGAAAAAGAAAAAAAAAAGAAAAAAAAGAAAAAAAAAACAAGAAAAGAAAAUAAAUAAAUAAAUAAAUACAAACGGAGAAUAAUUAAAAAAUUUUAUUGACUUCGAUAUAUAUUGGAAAUAUGAAUUCUCCUCGAAAAAAUGGAAGUACUGAAAAAAUGGACGUGGAAAAUGGAAAAUGUAAUCAUGUCAACGGUAUGAAAAAAAUGAUCAUGGGAAUCCUAACUCGACAAAAAACAGAAAAUCAAAACUCUGCAAGACAGACAAUCGCAACUAAUGUAAGUUCACAAGCUCAUCAUGUGUCUAGAGCGAAACGCGGCCAAGCUGUUGGUACUGUUCGCGGUUUUCGUGGAUGUACUAUAUGGAUGACUGGACUUUCUGGAGCUGGAAAGACUUCGAUAUCAUUCAAGUUAGAAGAAUUUCUUGUAUCCCAGGGUAUACCGGCUUAUGGUUUAGAUGGUGAUAAUGUUCGUACUGGUUUGAAUCGAAACUUAGGUUUCAGUAAAGAGGAUCGGGAAGAAAAUGUCCGACGAGUGGCCGAAGUGGCUAAGUUAUUUGCCGAUGGAGGUGUAAUCACUUUAUGUAGCUUCGUUUCACCCUUCGAGGAGGACAGAAGAAUGGCUCGAAAAAUUCACGAAGAUUCGGAACUGCCCUUUUUCGAGAUAUUCGUUAACGCGUCAUUGAAGAUCUGUGAGGCACGGGACGUAAAGGGUCUUUACAAAAAAGCUAGAUCUGGUAUCAUCAAGGCUUUUACCGGUAUCGAUCAAAAGUAUGAAAUACCUAUUAAGCCUGAUCUCGUUGUUAAUACGGAAAAUGCUACGGUAGAGGAAUCUACGGCGAGGGUCAUUGAAUUCCUCGAAAAUCGUAAUAUCAUACCAAAGAUGUACGGAUUGGGAAGAUCUGUUCAUGAAUUAUUUGUUCCUGAAUCGAUGAUCGAGAAUGUUCAAAAGGAGGCGGAAAUUUUACAAGCGAUCGAAAUCAACGAAGUAGAUCUUCAAUGGAUUCAAGUUCUUGCUGAAGGUUGGGCGGCUCCGCUUAAAGGAUUCAUGAAGGAGAAACAAUAUUUACAAUCUCAAUAUUUCAACUGUUUAACGGAAAAUGGCGUACAGAUCAAUCAAUCGAUUCCAAUAGUUCUUGCUAUUAGCGUUGACGACAAGGAACGUUGUCAGAACGUUAAAUCUUUGACAUUGAAAUACAAUGGAAGAAAUCUGGCAAUUCUUAGAAAUCCGGAAUUUUAUUUUCAUCGGAAGGAAGAACGUUGUUCGAAGAUAUUUGGCACGAAUGAUAUCGGUCAUCCUUAUAUAAAAAUGAUAUAUGAAUCCGGUGAUUGGUUGGUCGGUGGUGAACUCGAGGUAAUUGAAAAAAUACGAUGGAACGAUGGUCUCGAUGAAUAUAGAUUGACUCCUAACGAGAUCAGAGAAAAAUGUCGUGAAAUGGGAGCAGAUGCGGUAUUCGCUUUUCAACUUCGAAAUCCUAUACACAAUGGACAUGCUCUUCUUAUGCAGGAUACAAGAAAACGUUUGCUCGAACGUGGUUAUCGUAAACCUGUUCUUCUUUUACAUCCUCUGGGUGGAUGGACUAAAGACGACGAUGUACCUUUAGCAGUCAGAAUAAAACAACAUCAAGCUGUCCUCGAAGAUGAUGUCUUACACGAGGAUACGAUUUUAGCUAUAUUCCCUAGUCCCAUGUCUUAUGCCGGACCAACAGAAGUACAAUGGCAUGCCAAAGGUAGACUAAUAGCCGGUGCUAACUUUUAUAUCGUUGGCAGAGAUCCUGCCGGUAUACCACAUCCAAAUAAAGAUGCUACACCUGAUGGUAAUCUAUAUGAUAGUACUCAUGGCGCUAAAGUACUUUCGAUGGCUCCUGGUCUUCAAAACCUUGAGAUUAUACCUUUUCGAGUAGCUGCUUAUGACAUAAAACAACGGAGUAUGGCGUUCUAUGAUCCCGAAAGACAUGAUGACUUUAUAUUUAUUUCAGGAACAAAAAUGCGAAAUCUAGCGAAGUCUGGGGAAAAUCCACCAGAAGGUUUCAUGGCGCCCAAAGCAUGGAAAAUUUUAUCAGAAUACUAUCAACGAAUAAAUAACAAUUAAUACUUUAUCGAUUGGUUACGAUUAGAUUUAGAAUAAGCUAUUUCUUCAACGUAUUUAUAUAGCAUCAGUUUUUCGAUAUUUUUUAAUAACAAAAUAUAAUAUUACUUAAUAUUCCUAAUAAAAGAAACACUAUAACUAUUUAUUAUCUAAGAUAAGAUCUAACUGAAAUCGAAUUAUAGAUUUACUAGAAGAGUAUUAUCGUUUCUAUAUUUAAAUUACUUAAUCUAUAUUUUUAUAGAGACGAGCUACAAAAGAUUUCUUUUUUAUAAUCUUAGAAAAGAGAAAUAAAAACUACCGUAUGUUUAUACACAAUGUAAAGAAAUAAAAA